AUGGAGGAUGAUGCAGUUGUUUUUGUUCAGAGAUGCCAAAAAUGUCAAAUUCACGGAAACCUUAUCCAUGUACCUUCGACUCCUCUGCAUUCAAUAAGCAGUCCGUGGCCCUUUUACAGCUGGGGACUUGACAUCAUUGGAAAGAUCAACCCGCCGUCUUCAAAGCAUUACGAGUACAUAAUAACGAUAACUGAAUAUUUCACUAAAUGGGUUGAAUCCAUACCUUUACGAGGAACUGCUGGAGCCACAAUCGCCGCAUUCAUUAAGGAUCACAUCAUCUGCCGAUUCGGCGUGCCUAAACAUAUCAUCACCGAUAAGACAUUCCUUUCGUCAACAAGCUAUCAGACAGUACACGAUAAUCCUCGGACAUGGCACGAACAAUUACCAAUGGCACUCUGGGCGUAUCGGACAUCACCAAGAAUCUCCACUGGCGCCUCUCCCUACUCCCUCGUCUACGACGCCGACGUCGUCCUCCCAACAGAAGUUAAAAUCCCAUCAGCUAGGAUUACCGAAGCAGGCAGAGUUUGA